AUGACUUCCGAACACACAGUCGCCAAGGUCCUGAUCGAAUGGGUCAACAGUUUCUCGCUGGGCAAGACCAUUCGGAGCACAGACGAACUGACCGAUGGGAUCAUUCUCUGGGAGAUUUUACAGGAUGUCGACCCUCAGCAUUUCCUGGACGAGCUGCCAGAGCGCAACCCUUCGGACCACUGGGUCACGCGAUGGCAGAACCUCAAACACCUCCACAAACUAUUGACCAGCUAUAUUCGAAGCCAAAACGACGACGAGAUCCCCCCCGGCUUGGAUCCGUCGCCAGACCUAAAAGCGAUAGCCGAAGCAAACUCGCUCAAGGAAACGAAUAAACUGCUGAAAUUGAUUUUGAUCGCGGCGAUUAGCUCCCCGAACGCGGGCACCUACGUUACGACCCUGCAGGAACUGGGUACAUCGACUCAAGAGGUGCUGAAAGAUAUUAUUCAGGAAGCCCACAAUACCCAGCAUGAAGAUUCUGCAGCGGAAGAUGAGGACCAAGAUGGGACCGCCAAGCGAGACCUCGCCGUUGACCCGGAACUACGAUUCGAAGAACGAGUUGGAAAGGUUUUGGCGGAGAAUGACAAGCUGGCGAGCGAGAAAAAGGAGAUGGAAAAGGCCCUGGAGGAUCUGCAUAACCGCCUGGCUCGCCUGCAGGAAAAUAACGACACUCUACAAACCCGUCUGGCCUCAACGGAGGACCGACUGGUGACGCUAAAGUCUGGAAAAGGAGAUGGUGCUUUCAGCGCAAAGGCCCUGGAAAGCAAAUCGCGGCAGCAAGAGGAGCUCAUUGCAAAUCAGGAAGCCAAGAUCUCUAGCACCCAGGAUGAGAUCGACAGUCUCAAAAUGUCCCUGGAAUCUAUGCGAAUCAAAACCCAACGUUUCCAGAAAUUGCAAGAUGACUACGACGAAAUGAAGACUGAAAGGGACCAGCUUACCCGCAAAGCAAAUGCCGCCGAGAAGUAUCGACAAAAGCUCCAAGCAAGCCAGGACUUUGAGAAAGAGAACCAAGCACUCAAAACCCAAGUCGAAGACCUCCAGCAGCAGCUAAAGGAAGCUGAUUCAAAUCAGCGACGAUCUUCAGAGCGCGAUGUCGAACUAGAAGAAUACCGACGAGUCUUGCCACGCAUCGAGCAAGAUCGUCACGAGAUCCAGAGUCUGAAGAAACAAUUGGAAUUCAACAACCAUGCUCUCACCGAGCGCCUCCAAAGCGCAGAAGAGCAACGGGACCGAGACGAGUCUCUUAUCAGUGAGCUUCGCGAGCGGAUCCGGGAGUUGGAGGGCUCGCCUGGUAGUCCCUCGCUUACCCCAGGGAAUACAACUCCUACGCUACGUGGUACACUGCAAAGGGAUCUUGAAGAUAUUGGAACGAGAGAAACACAGCUGAAAUCCGAAAACGAAGAGCUAAAGAAGGAGGUUGAAAAGCUAAAAACCACAAGCUCGGUUGGGCCGAGUUUGGAAGCGUACUCUGAAAACUUUGUAUUGACGGCACAGCUGGCUCAGGCCAAAUCAACGCAAAGUGAGGAGUAUUGGAAACUCUACGAUCAAUACGCAGAAGUGCGGCAGAAGCUUGCAGAUGCCGAAGAUGUUAUUGAUACUACCAAGCGACAAAUUGACGACGUAAAAGCGGAGUUGGGACUUGUCGGUAAAGAAAAACUCGACAUCAUCACCGAAGUCCGUGAUUCCAACUCUGCAGAAAUCUCCAAAGUUCGCGCAGAUUGGGAUGAGCUUUCGCACAAGAUUCACCAUUUGGAGGCUGAAGUCGACGCCUCGCAGACUCUUGUCAGAGAUGUGUGCGCGGAGCGUGAUGAACUGCGCACGCUGCUCGACAACAAGCAGGAUAGAAUCCACUCUGAAGAUGAGGACUCCAUCAAGGAAAUGCAGACACUUCUUGCAGAGUUUGCUGCUAGGGAAAAUGCCGAGAACCCCGAGGCUCCUGAAAAGUCGGGCAUCGAGCUGCUUAAACACUUUGCAGAAGUCACCGAGAAGAGUGCAGACAGGCUUGCAAAGAGAGCAGUGUAUAUCCAUGACCAAAAUGAGCUCAUCAAGUCACUCCAAGAUCGAGUCAACAACAUGGAAGACGCCAAUUCCGGCCAGGAGGAAAGCGGAAUCCCCAAAGAACGCGAGAUUGAACUCCAGACCACCAUCCAGCGCCAAGCUCGAGAGAUUUCUCUCAUUUGCUCUGCAUGGUACGAUCUACAAGGCCGUCUGCAACACAGCAACGUGAGCGUUUCACGCUAUCGUCAUCCUGCGUCCAUGGGUGGCGGUGGCGCGGAUUCGCAAAAGGGAUGGCUCGCAAAGCAAAGAAGCCUUGUUUCUAUGGCAAGUACUCCUAGAUAG